AUGGAUAGCGAAGAGGAGGAGGACUUCGGUCUGAAACCGGGAUCAGUGAUUGAAUCGUCGCAUGCAAAGUAUACAAUUGAUAAAUUACUCGGCGAAGGUGGUUUCGGAGCCGUUUAUCGAGUUCACGAUUCCAAUAAUCCAAGCAUGGAGUAUGCUUUGAAAGUGGAACGAAAACUUGAGACUCGUAAAGAUUCCAAACUGAAAAUGGAGAUUGCCAUUUUGAAAUUAGUCUCAACUGAACGAGCCGAAAAGUCACAUUUUACAAAAAUAAUCGAUCGAGGCAAGAAAGAGAAGUUUUUUUUUCUUGUUAUGCAACUGGUUGGAAAAUCACUUGCCGAUCUUAAAGCUUUACGACCGCAUAAGGUAUUCUCAAUACAUACUGGUUUGGGCGCAUCGAUACAAUGUCUGGAGGCAGUGGAGGAUUUACAUAAGCAUGGUUUUAUCCAUCGAGAUUUGAAACCUGCUAAUUAUGCAACCGGUCUUGGAGCUCAAAUACGAUGCAUUUAUAUUCUUGAUUUUGGGAUAGCACGACGAAUUCUCAAUGACAAAGGUGAAAUCAAAACACCUCGUGUAACAGUUGGUUUCAAAGGUACAGUGAAAUUUGCGCCUAUAGCAUGUCAUAAACGAAAAGAACUGGGUCCAAAAGAUGAUUGUGAAUCAUGGUUUUACCUUCUACUCGAUCUUCUCAUCGUAAUAGGUUUACCAUGGAGAAAAAUAUCGGAUAAGAAUGAAGUAUUGAGGGUAAAGGAAGAAAGUCGUACGAAUCGAGACAAAUUGCUAUACGGAAUAAAAUGCAAGGAAGAGUUCAGCAAAAUUUUAGACUACAUUGAUUCACUGCAUUAUGAAGAUCGUGUCGAUUAUUCUUACAUAUAUGAAUUAUUGAAAACGUCAUCAAUAGUCUGUGAUUGCAAAUUAACCGAUCCAUACGACUGGGAGGAAACAGCGCGUAAAAAAUGA